AUGUCUAUUUUCGAUAGUUUACCAAAUGUCGACAAUUUCCUUUUUUGCAUCAGCUUAAAAUGGGGAACAGUGCUCAUAGCAAUUUUGGGUAUACUGAGUUGUUCCCUCGGUGUUGUUUUUCACCAACAACACCAUUGCCUCGAAUUAGAAAGAUAUGCUGAUUAUAUAAAAUACAUUAAGUAUGUGAUAGUCAUAGCUGAACUAUGGCUUUUCGUUACCAGCAUUAUACUUUUAAUCGGUAUUUGCAUGAAAAAGCCACAAACAGCAACAUGGUUCAUGUACGCGGCAGCGUUCACAGCUCUCACUGUGCUCGUGCUGACCAUUGCUAUUGUCACGUUGACGAAGAUGAGCAUGACCUGCUCCGUCCCAAUUGCACAAACAGUAGUGGCUGUUGUUGGAUUAUUAAUUUGGGUGUACUUGAUAAUCGUUGUGAAGAGUUAUCAAAAUGAAAUGUAA